AUGGACAACACACCAGAUGUACCAAGAGCUAUCGCCUUCAACGACUACAUCGUCACUACCUGGGUCCACCACGGAGCACGAUUCCCCCUACCACUGUGGAACUAUCACGGUACAACAGGUCCCAGGACGAACAACAACCUUGAAGGCUUUCAUAACCGACUCAACCGAGGUCUCCCUCACCGACAUCCCAACAUCUACCGAUUGGUAGAGGUAGUCAGGAAGGUGGAACUGGCAAAACGAGCUAAGACUUUACAACUCGACUUUGGAGCAGCUCCAAGAGGCAGGAAGAGAGUGUACAGAGAGGUGGAGAACCGUCUCUGCCGCCUGAAGGAUGAGUUGAAUAGAGAGGUGAAAUCCCCAAUGCAGUUUCUAGAUGCGGUUGGCCAUCUCCUCGGGCUGGGAUAA